GGAGGCGCCCCCACCCUCGGCUUGCCCCGUCUCCCGGUUCUGAUGGCCGCCUUUCUCCCCAGCAGGAUGCCUGUGCCGCCCUCCGGCCUCUCGUGCCCUGAAGCGUCUCUUUGGAGAGCUCCGUACCCUCUACCAAGAGCGCCUGCACUGCGUGGGGAUCCAGCUGAAGGAGAAUCCGGAAGGCGCUCGCAAGAUGGAGGUGAGGCUUCUGCAAGCCUAUAUCAUAGAUCUGAGUGACCAGAACACCAUCUUGAUUCAGACAGUGGAGGAGCUGGAGAACCAAAUGCUUGACCUCAUGAAACUGGCUGCAGCUGAGGACAAAUUUCAGCACCCGUCCCUGGCUCAGCGCCCGAUGCCAGCUGAAAGCCUUUCAGGAUCCACAACAGCACAGACAGUGUACUGUCUGCCAGGACAGGAGAUGGAGCCAGCAGAAGUGAAGUCUCCUUGGGGACUGAAAGAGCAUCUUACUUGUGAGCUGGAUCUUCAGCUGAGAGACGCUGGUCACACCCAGGAGAAGGUGAAAGCAGAGGUUCUGGAGAAAGCAGCUAAAAUUCAAGAACUGCAAGAUACCAUCACAGAUCUGCAGAACGAACUCUCCCAGAAAGACUUGGAGGUGGCGUGCCAUCUGCAGGAAGAGCUCCUCCUGGAGUCACAACUGAGCUCCCUGCCGCAGCUGCUGGAGCAGCAAGCCGCAGAGACCCUGAGGCUUCGGAGCCAGCUCCUGCUUGGGCAGGAUGAGAGAGACAGCCUGGCAGACAAGCUGGAUGCUCAGGAGCAGAAGAUCUAUGAGUUGCAGAGCAAGCAGAGAGAGGCACAGGCAGAGCUGGAACAGAGCUGGAUCCGAGUCCUCCAGUUGGAGCGAGAGCUGGAGGCCAGCAAGCAGCAGCAGGAGGGAUCCCAGAACCAGUUCAGCGAGUGUCGAAGGCAGCUGGCCCAAGCAGAAAGUGAGAACGAGGCGCUGAGAGCCCACAAGCUGGAGCAGAUGUUGGAGAUUGAGAAACUGGCGUCCAGCCUCAAAGAUUGCAAAAGGAGUCCAUGCUAUGAGACAGAAGCAGCCCAACAGAGUGGCGAGGAGAAGACGCUGACAGUAAGAGCAACAGCUCGGCUGGCAGCACCAGAAGUGGAAGCAGUUGCCUGGAGGAGCAAAUACAGCUUGGCCCUCUCAGAGGCUGCAGAGCAGAGUGAGGCACUGCACAGACUCCAGGAGACCCACAGCGCCCUGCAGCAGCAAAUGACCGAACAGGAAGGCCUCAUCUGCCAGCUGGAGAUCCAAGUCCAGGAGCAGCAGGAGGACCUGCAGGGAGCCAGAGAGCAGAUCUGGCAGCAAAAGCAGCAAAUGGCGAAGCUGGCAAGAGCUGCAGCUGAUAGCCAAGCAGCAGAGCAGCAGGUGCAGCAGUACAAGGACAUUGUCCAGCAGUUGCAGGAAAAUUUGGCAGCCUCUCGGGCUUCCCAGGCUGCCUCAGAGUCCAGAGUCCGCAGCAGUGAGGAGGAGACCCAGGACCUGCAGCAGAAAGAGUCCUUGGCACGUCACCAGCUGAGGAUGCUGCAGAGUGAGGCGCAGAGGACCAAGGAGCAGCUGGCCUCCUUGCAAGAGCAGCUUUCCACCUGCCAGACUCAGCUGCAGCAGAGCGAAGGCCGGGCGGAGCAGAAGGAGGCCGACUUCCAAGCAGCACAGGACGAGCUCUCCCGAUGCCAGGAACGGCUGUCUGACGCCCACACAGAGCACCAACAACUGGCCCAGAGCAUGGCAGUGCUGGUGGAGCAGCAGGAAGCCUCCAAGCGAGAGGUCGAUCUCCGUGACCAGACGAUUGUGAAACUUCAGGGAUGUCUGAAAGCAGCUGAGGAGGAGCAGGUGCAAGGGAAGGAUGAGAGCCAGAGCAAGGCUGCCCUCCUGGAGCAGCUGCGGGGUGAACAGCUCUCUGCCCAGCUGGACCACCAGGCCAACAUGGACCAGCUGCAAGACAAGCUGCAGCGCUUGCAGCAGGAACUGGAUAUCUGCAAGGGGCGCAACCAGGAGAACCUCAGCAAGCUGCAGUCCCGCGAGUGCCGGAUCGAGAAGCAGACGCUGGACCUGGAGAUGCUGCUUCAGCAGUGCCAGGUCCUCAAGGAGCAGCUCCUUUACUACGAGGAAGUGACCCAGAAGCAAGAGCGGGAGCUGUCCUGCCAGAGCGAGCGAGAGCGGCACCUGCACGAGCAGCUGGGCCAGGUGGAGAGCAGCAGCACCCUCCUGGAGGGCAGCCUGGAGCUCUACAAGAAGAAGUUCCAGGCCUCGCUGAGCAGAGCCGGGGAGCUGGAGUGCCAGUUGCAGCGCCUGGAGGAGGAGGCCGCCUGCCAGGCCAAGGAAAAGGACGAGGCCCUCUAUAGGUUGCAAGCGGAGCAGCACAUCCUGCAGGAGGAGCUGAAGGGCAAAUGCUGGCAGGCCAGCCAGGCGGAAGACACCGCUGAGCAGCUGAUGCGGGAGCUGCGCGACACCCAGGUGGAGCUGGCCCAGAGCCGGCAGCUCGCCUGCCAUUCUGAAGAGACCGUCCAGGCGCUGCAGGAGCAGUUGGCAGCCAGCCAUGUCCAGCUCCUAGACCAAGAGGCGGCGCUGGCCACAUUGCACAGGGAAUUCGCUUCUUACAAAGCAACUCACAGCUGCUCCAACAGCAGCUAUGAAAGCCAGAUAGCCACCGCAGAGACCCUCAGGCAGAAGCUGCUGCAAGAGGAAGAGGAAAGCUCCAAGCACCAGCGGCAGGCUGAGGAGUACCAGGGCCUGGUGCAGGAUUUAAAACUGGAGCUGGUGAGGGUCGCUGAGCAGAAGAGCAACGCUCUGAAUGACUUGGCUCACCUGGAGCUGAACUUGCAAAGCCUGUAUGAGGAGGCAGCAGCUGAGAGGGACAAGCAGCAGCAGCAGGUCCAGCAGCUGCAGAUGGAGCUCAAGCAAAGCCGCAAGCUGGUUGCUCAAAAGGAGCAGGCCAUCCAGAAGCGAGAUGCAAUCCUGCGGAAGUCCCAGGCAGAGAUGGUGCAUGCCUGUAGCACCCUGCAGGAGAAGGGGCAGGAAGUGGAGCAGCAGCGUGCCCGGGCCCAUCACCUGGAGGCCAGCCUGCAGAAGGUCCAGCGGGAGCUGGAGCACAGCAGAGCGGAGUGUGCCACAUUGUGCGCCGAGGCGCAGGCCCUGCGGCAGAGCUUGCACGAGAGUCAGGAGCAGCACCAGCAAACUGCCCAGGAGCUGGCGCAGCAGGAAGAGCAGGUGCUGCUGGCCCAGAGGAGCCUGCACAACGCCCAGGAGCAGCUGAGUGAGCGGCUCACAGAGCUCACACAUCAGACACAGGUUGGCCGCCGGCUGGAGGCAGAGCUCCGGGUUCUCAACGAAAGGCUCUCCGUUGCUGAAGCAGAGCUGGAGCAGAAAAGAGAGCUGUUGGAGCAACUGAUGGGAGAGCUGAGCCAGUCAAAGCAGCAGCACCAGGCAGCCAUGCAGGAGUCCCAGCAGCACCAGAAGGAGGCAUCUCGGCUGCAGCAGAAGCUACAGAGUAGCCGGGAAGGGCUGAAGAGCCUGCAGCUGAAGGUGCAAGGGAACCAGUCGGUGCUGGAUGAGUUGCAGGCAGAGUUGGGCCAGCAAAAGCGCCAGGAAGAGGAGCUGCAGCGGCAGCUGCGAAGGGCCAAGGAACAGGAGAGCCAGAUGGUGCAGCAAUGCAAGGAGCUACAGCAUCAGCUCCAGAGCAGCCAGUGCAGGUUGCAGGAGGAAGAGUGGAAAGCCCAGAACCUGCACACCUGUGCCACAGAGCGGGAGAAAGAGAGCCGUGUUAUGCGUGAGCAGCUGAAGCAGCAGAAGACGGAGUUGGAGGUGCUCCGCAAAAAGUAUGAACACGCCCAGUUGCAGCUGCAGCAGGAGACAGCAGAGGUGUUGCGCCAGGAGGCCACCCUCUCCCAGCUCCACACUGAGCUGCACACUGCCCAGGAGAAGGAGCGCCAGAACAACCAGUCCCUGGCUGCAGCCAAGAACAUUGCCCAGGACCUCCGGCUGCAGGCCACGUCCUGCCAGGCCAGCCAAAGGGAGGCGGUGGAGCAGCUGGAGCAGAGAACCCGGGAGGUGUCCUGCCUGCAGGCGGAGCUGCAGCUUGCCAAGCACAGGGCAGACCAUCUGGAGGAAGAGCUGAGCAGCUUCCGAGAGCAGCUGCAGCAGCUGCUGGCCUUACAGAGGGAGAGGGAGCAGGAGGCCUGUGCCUCUGAGGAGCGGCUGAGCACCCUGGGCAGCCAAGUGCAGCACUGGCAGCAGGAGCACCGGGCGGCCGAGCGGGCUCUGGCCGAAAAGGAUGAGGAGCUGGUGGUGAUGAAGGUGGAGCUGGCCUCGCUGGAGGAGAAGUGUCACCAGGCGACAGAGGAGAGAGAAGAGCUGCAGAACGAAGUCAACGUCCUCCGACAGAAGUUUGUGGUUUCCAGCCGGGACGUGGAAUCCCUGCAGACCUCCCUGGAGACAGCACGGGCCGACAGCUACCGCCUGCAUCAUGAGAGUGAGUUGGUGGUGGCCAACGUCAGCGAGUGGGUGAAGGAGCAGAAGCAGGUGAACGAGAAGUUGGGCGACAAGAUCCGGGACCAGAUCAAGCAAAUUGCUCAGCUGACAGGCGAGAGGGACCACCUCCAUGGGCUAAUGGAGAGACUCCAGCAAGAGAAUAAACGUUUGAAAAGCGAAGUGGAUGAGCGGCGUAUUGAGUGUGAGCGCCUCAAGGCUUUCCACAGCAGUGAUUUGGACCCAGGUGCUGUACUACCACAGCCUUGGCCUACGUUCCCAGCGGAUGACUCUCACUGCUUGAGCCGGAGACAAAGCAAAGUGCUGGCUUCAAAGUGGAACCUCUCUUAGCCCCUCCACGGCUGCUGGAUACCUAUUCUUUGCCACACAUGCUGGCCCCUCCCUGCCCAGCAGAGGAUAAACCUUGGUGCCUGCCGCGCCAGGCUCCAGUGAAUAUUUGGACAGGGACCGGCUGAUCGACUAAUCAUGUGACUUCUUACGCAGAAGAAGAAGAAGAAAGAAAAAAGAACUUGUGCAGAUACUAAGCUAAUAAAUGGGGAAGUGCUGAGCCACUUUCCCCAAAAAACCA